UUCAGGCGCAAAAUCUUAUUGACGGCGUUUGGUCCAACUUCAAUAUUUGAAAGUGUAAACCACGUAUCAGUAUACUCGGGUGUAAUGGACAUGUUGGAAUUGUUGGGCCCCGGUUACGAUCCAUCACGGUUCAUUGGUGAAGUAAAAGACGAUUUGUUAUGCUGUGUUUGCCAUGACGUUCUAAACAAUCCACGUUUAUGCGAAAAUGGAAGUCACUCAUUUUGUUCUUAUUGUAUAUCAAAUUGGCUUGAAAUCAAUGCAACAUGCCCAGAGUGUCGGGAACCCCUUACUCUAGCGACUUUGAAAUAUCCCCAAAGGUUUAUGAGGAACUAUUUGUCAGCACUGAUAAUCAAGUGUGACUACGUCGAUCGUGGGUAUUCUGAACAAGUUAAACUUGAAAAUUUACAUGCACACAAGAAUGGCUGCGAAUACGGGCCUGAGCAGUGUGAGUUUUGUACAUUGCAAUUUAAUAGAAGAGACAUGACCGAACACCAGAAUUUUUGUAUGGAGAUGACGGAAAUUAAAGGAAGACAUGAUAAUUUAUAUCAUAAAGUAAAGAAGAUGAAGAAACAAUUUAAUGAUAUGAAACAAACCCAAUCUGAGAUGAACGACAAAAUAAAUGAAAUGGACGACAAAAUAAAUGAAAUGGACAACAAUGAAUAUAAUAUGGAGGAAAUUCAAAAUUCGCAUUCGUCGGGGGAUGAAGAGGACGAAGGCUAAAGCAAAUCAGUGUUUAAAUGCUCAACUAUGAAUCCUACUAUUCUAAACAACCUAUUAACGCUUGAGAUGAGCUGAUCAGGUACCAUGCACGCUAAAACACUGCAAUUUACUACGGAACUCGAUUUACCUUGCACACGCUCGAUUCGAACCCGUUUGUUUCACACUUGAAACGUACACGUCUCUAGGGGGAAAUUAUGACCUUUCUAAGGUCAAACUAUUCAGUUUUCUCCCAAAUACUUUAACUGUUAACGAUUGAAGUAAAACCUCGUUUCUUCAACUCUUCUUCAUAUAUCAAAAGGUCUUCGUCCAGUGUACCUAAAAUACGUCUUUUGGCGAGGAUCCAUACUGAAUAAGUUUGAAACGCGAAACGCGUCAAAACUAGGAACCCCUUCAGUGCAUGGUUGUUAAAAUGGCUUUAUUUGGCGGCAGCCAGCUCAGAAACGUAACAGUUUCCCCCUGCAACGUGGACAUAUGGGCAUUAAACGUGUAUGUAAUUUGUUUAGAGCAUAAAACGUGCACGUUUCAAGCACGAAAAAAGUGUGUUUGAAUCUCGGGCGUGCAAGGUCAAUCGGGUUCCGUAGUAAGGAAGAUAUGAUAUUCUGGGGAGGUUAUGUAGGGUGUCUCAGAAAAAACGAAAACCUUUGAAAUCACGCAUAGCAAUGUAAUUGUUAGAGUUUGAAUGCCUAAGCACUCUGUUGGGACCCGCAGGUGUGUAAAUG